GAGGCCACAUUUGAUCGACACGACAGCGGCAACGCCGUCGUCACCUCCCUCUACACCAACGCCUACGCCAUCCCCGUCGCCACACUGGGCCACUCCCUCACCACCGCCAAUGUAACCGCCCGAAAAAUCCUCCUCUACCUCCCUCACAAAACGACCCCCCAAGCCCUCUGCGUCGCCCGCGCCGGGGGCUGGCAACCCCACGCCGUGCCCUUCAUCCCGCCACCGCACCACGAAUCGCAGGGUAUCGGCGAACGAUUCGGAGAUCAGUACACGAAGCUGAAUUUGUGGGGAUUGGACGAGCUGGGGGUGAAAGCUGCUGUUUAUCUGGAUGGGGAUACGUUGGUGAGGAAGGGGUUUGACGAGCUGUUCGGGAUGCCGUUCGAGUUUGCGGCGGUCCCGGACGUGUUUCCGGACAAGAGGGGAUUUAUACUCGGGUUCAAUGCCGGCGUGCUUUUCCUCAGGCCUUCGUCGGAUACGUUGCGGCAUAUGAAGCGUACGCUCGAUUCGGGGACGGUGAAGUACCCGCCGGGCGAAGCCGAGCAGGCGUUCUUGAACCUCUAUUACGGUCCCGACGCAGUAAGGUUGCCGUACGUCUAUAACGCGAAUCUGGCGAUCAAGAACCGGAAUGAGGAGGUCUGGGAGGCAAUGAAGGAUGAGAUUCGGGUCGUGCAUUAUACGUCGCCGAAGCCGUUUCCGUUUAGAGGGGGUAAGAUGUCGACGAGGGAGGAGAUUGAGAGGGAUAUUGGGAAUGGGAAGAAGGCGUUCGGAGGGUUGUUUGAGGAGGAGGUCGGCUGGUGG